AUGGUUGCUACUUUGGGCCUCCUUCCCCGAAACACCGUGCUCUUCAAGCCGGAAACCCUUGAUCGUAGAGACGGGUAUGUGGUGGAAUCCCCUCGUCGGAAACGGGCGAGACACAAACGCACAGCCAGCUUUGGUACCCAGUUGGCCAUUGUUGGUGCAGCUGCCGUCGGUGUAUAUGAGGAUCUCGCGGCGGCCGUAGGGGAGCCGCACAAAGCGUUUGACACCGAAGUCAUGGGCGAAAAGAGUCCCCGUGAUCGUGUGUUUUCGUCUCCAACCGGGCUUUUGAUAUUUUGUCUCGUCUCGUCGAUAUCCUUCAGCUUUGGCUCGGCUUCCAUUUUCAAUUCUCCGCGCAUCAAUCCUGCCGCCGCAAAAUUCCAUCUAGAACAUCAAGGGCGCUGGCACCACCGACUGGCCUCCGCAAAACGCAAAUUUGAAAGCCAGUCUCCUUUUGCGGCUGCCAUUGAGCGGAGGCGCUUUCGACUCGCGAUUGAUCGAUUGGUGACUUCCUCGCGAAGAGAGAGGAUAAAGGCUUCUCCGCGGAUCGUGUCGCGCCUGACAAACUACAUCAACCUCAGCGACGGCUCUGCUUGGAAACACUUUAGACACGAUACCUCAAAUCUCCCUACAAUGGCGGCAGAACUGCAUUCCAUAUACACCUCCAACCCUCCACACGUCAAGCCUCGUCCCCCCGCUUUCAUCGACGAUUGGUUAAGCUUGUAUUCCGCGAUGCCGACAACAGACGUCCCUCCCGCGCCCGCCACGCAGUCUAUCGCGGCAGCACAUCGUCCCAACGUCUUAAAACGGGUCUUCGACCGCCUAUGCCUGGAAUACUACCGCUAUGAGGUUACGUGUGGAGUCUAUGUCAUGACCCCUGGCGAAAAGCUCAUCUUCAACACCUUUAUUUUGGUAGUCCUAUCGCUCCUCACUUGGGCUCUUCUCUUGUAUUUCCCUUCGCUGCUGUACCAGAAACUCAGUCGCCUUGACUGGCUGUUGACUGGUCGCGAUGGCCCCAAUGCGAACGUCACGAUACCGAUGUCGACUCGGACUGACACGACUGUUUCCUUCUUGCAAGCUCCGCCGCGCUGCACAUAG